CUAAUGUUACUAUACAUACUACUGGGGAGUUAUUGUCAAAGUCUCUUGAUGAGUUUUUUAAGUUAAGUUGUAGAGGCUAUGAGUUCAACUCAUGGUGUGCAUUUAGACCUAAAAGAGAAACAGACACGCUUCCUUAUAAGUAUGACUUUACGUAUAAUGACAAACCUAUACAGAAAAUCGAUACGUUUGAAAAAUUAGGGAUCAAAAUCGUAUCAAAACCGCCGGUACAUGAGUUAGAAACACAAGUUAUGGCGGAACCAAUUAUAGCAAAGUCUUCAACUGGUCAAAUAUACGUGAAAACUUCUAAUAGAAAUAUAACUCUACAAGUAUCUGGAAGUGAUACUAUUUAUGCCCUUAAAGAAAUGAUUCAAAAUAAAGAAUUCUGUUUGCCUGUUCAACAACGUCUCACUUAUGCUGGCAAGCUUUUAAAUGAUGAGUGUCUCAUAGCAGAUUACUGUAUAAAAAAAGGAUCUAUAUUAAAUCUAUCCGUAAUUCCAAAAAGCUUAAUAUCCAUAACAAUGCCAACAGGAAAACCCUUAAAUUUAGAAGUGUGUUAUGAUGUCACUGUUAAUGCCCUCAAGAAAAUAAUCCAGGAUAAAGAAGGUAUUCCUGAUAAUAAGUUCUAUUUGACUUUUUAUCUUAAAUCUCAACAAGUUUACCUGGAUGAUGAAAAUGAAGAAAGUUUAUUAAAUUACAAGAUUGAUUUAAAUUUUUAUUCUCCUUUAAUCCCAAUCUAUGUGAACAUUUUUAAGAGAAAAUCAAUAACAUUAAAUGUAUUCAAGAAUGAUACUGUUUCUGAUCUAAAAAAAAUGAUUCAGGAUAAAGAGGGGAUCAAUUCUGAUCAUCAAUUUCUUAUUUUUCGUGAAAAGGAAUUAUCAAAUAUUCGCAGAUUGGAAAGGUACGGUGUCAUGAAACAUUCUAUAAUACAUCUUGUACUUAAGGAUAAAGCGCUUAGAAAAAACAGUGAAUCAAAGUUUUUGGCUGGUCAAAUUUAUGUAGAAAUGCAAACUCAAGAAAAAAUAAUUCUAGAUGUAUCUGAGAAUAGCACUAUCAAUGUCAUUAGAAAAAUGAUUAAUGAUAAAGUAUCUAUUGAUUCUCAUAAGUACAUUCUUGUUUUUGCCGGAACGGUAUUGGAAGAUGAUUAUACAUUGGAUGAUUACAAUAUUAAGCCUGAGUCU